CCAUCGGUCAAGGCUCCCAGGAUCUCCGAGGUCUCCGCGUCUUCACCAGUCUUCACUCAUGGCGGAGGCCGAAGAAAAAGGACUGCUGGAAAUCGAGAAGAAGCUACAGAAAUAUUCCGGUGAGGAACCCAAUGCGAUGAAGUAUGUGGAGGCUCUAUGUGAGAGAAGCUCUUACUUGGCAGAUGUGGAUUCGGAGCACCUGAAGAUACUGGAGGCCCUGAAACCGCUGAAAGAUGGGGUCGCUGAGCUUAGUCAGAUAGCUGCAGACCUCGGGAUGACCACAACCACGAUGACCACGAUGAAGUCUGGAAGCGAUGCGAAGGAUCCGGAGUAUCCAAAGGAUCCAGGGCUGGAUCUUUCCACACUUCGUCAGCGCUUAAGCCACUUGCAGUCUACACUUGAGAAGGUCGAGGAGUCCGAAAAGUCAGAACAGCAAGCUGCAGAGGAUGGGUGCCACAGAAUUGCCGAAGCCAUGAAGUACAUCGAGAAAUUCUUCGAGAAACAGCCGGAGUCCGAGAAAGAAAUCGCAACAGCUGCAACAGCUGCAACAGCUGCAGGUCUUCAGAAAGCCCAGUUGUUGUUGGAAAGUUCCGUUGAGACCGUCCUCAUCAGCAAGCUGGGCUCCCUGAAGUUUCCCAUGGCCAAACGCCUCGGAGAGCUCUGGAAGUUUCCCUCGGACCAUCCUCCAAUUGCAGCUGUGCUCACGCUGGGAAAGCACUCCAUCAAGGUUGCUUCAUGGAACGUGCUGAAUCGCAACUACUACAAAUACAUUGAACAGGACACUCAAGGACUAAAAGGCUCAGAGAUUUCGACCUACCAUGAGGCUGGAACCAGAGAGAACAAGAUCAUCGAAAAGAUACAGGAGAUGCUGCAAAAGGAGUUUCACAUUUUGUGUUUGCAAGAAUGCUGGCCCGAGUUGCUUGAGCAGCUCAAGGGAGCUUUGGGUCACCAUGGUCACCAUGAGAUGGAGUGCAGUGGGCAAGAGCAGGACAAGAACCAGGAGGUCAUUGUCUACGAUAGCAAGCUUCUGAAAAAGCUGGAUGUCGUCCUUCAUGCUGCUCACAUAGAGAACCCCAAGAAGGUGGUCACAGAGUUACUGCUCCAAGUGAUGGGUGAGACGACUCUGCGCGUGGUAACAGCGCACGUGCCCGGAGCUCCCUUCGGACCUGCUCGAAGAGAAUUUGCCGAUUGCCUGGCAAACAUGGUCAAGGGCAAGCAGCUCCCGACUGUGCUGCUGGGAGAUCUGAACUUCCCCGAGAAGGCAGUGUAUCCUCUUCUGAUGGACCGGGGACUCGAAGACAUGCACUUUGUGCCGGUCUCUUACCCGACAAACAUUUGCCAGGGAUCUUUCUUGCCCAAGAGGAUUGACAGCAUCGCAGUCAUCAACCACCAGGUUGAAGGCGCAAAAGUGAAAGCCGAAGCCCUGAAAGCUGAUGAGAUCAUGGAAGGCCUUGGACAAGUCGUGGAACUUCUGUCCAGGUCUGCAGAGAUCUGAAUGAGGGGGUGAAGGUGAGCGUAGGUGGGCCAGGUGCGCGGGGGACCACGCCGAAGCUGCACGGCCCGGCCAGGGCGAUACAGCACAGGUCUCGAGGUCCCUAAGAGUCCUGCAACUUGCCGCAUCUUGCUGCAUCUUGCCGCAUCUUGCCGCAUCUUGCCGCAUGUCUUGUGGCGCUUUGUGAAGUACUUGAUCACACAGUCUGGUGCAGCUGGCUCUGCAAGCUCAAAGAGAUCCUGUGAUCCUGAGAUCUUAAGUUGGCCUGAGCUGAGCAAGGCUGCGCCAUUUGCACACUUGGCCCACUUGGCCUUGCAGAGCUCUGAAAGGCCAGCUGCCAGGCAGUUGCUGCCAGGCAACAAAAAGCCGAGAAAUCAAGACCUUGGUCCAGGCUGUUCACGUGGCAAAAAAUUGCUGAGGGUCCAAUGCUUUCGAGUCGACCGAUGUGAAAAUUCGACACGGGAUGCAGCGAGUGAAGCGAGUGAUUCUCCCACGAGGGGCGUAAAA